AUGCUGCCGGCGGCCGCUCGCCCCCUUUGGGGGCCGUGUCUCAGGCUUCAGGGCGCUGCGCUCCGUCUCGCCAGGCAACAGGUGCCCCGUGUCUGCGCCGUGCGGCUGAUGAGAUGCAGCAGCCAUCGGAUGGGGGAGGCCCUCGCUGGUGCACCCCUGGAUAACGCCCCCAAGGAGUACCCUCCCAAGAUCCAGCAGCUGGUCCAGGACAUUGCCAGCCUCACGCUCCUGGAGAUAUCAGAUCUCAACGAGCUUCUGAAGAAAACACUGAAGAUCCAGGAUGUUGGACUCAUGCCAAUGGGUGGCACGGUGCCUGGUGCCACCGCCACUGCAGCCGCCCCAGAGGAGGCAGAAGAAGACAUCCCCAAACAGAAGGAGCGCACGCAUUUCACCGUCCGCCUGACGGAGGCGAAGCCCGUGGACAAGGUGAAGCUGAUCAAGGAAAUCAAGAACCACAUCCAGGGCAUAAACCUGGUCCAGGCAAAGAAGCUGGUGGAAUCCCUGCCUCAGGAAAUCAAAGCCAAUGUCUCCAAGGCCGAGGCGGAGAAGAUCAAGGCCGCCCUGGAGGCGGUGGGCGGCACCGUGGUUCUAGAAUAGGCCUGCUCUGAGGACCGGUGGACCCAGGACCCAGGACCCUGGGACGUGACCUGGGGGAGGCCCCCUCCCGCUCCACCCCCAGCCCCCGGGGCCAUGGUGGGAGCAGCUUCAGGGCAGAACUCUGGCACUGGUGCCCCGAAGCCAGCUCUGCUCCGGGACAGACAGACGGACCUGCUGAGAUCGGGGGCGGCUCCUGUGUGAGCACCAGGGAGAUGGACUCUAGAAUAUACCAGAAUCAACUUGCACCCCCUGGUGGCCACUGAGAAAAAUACAUUGUUGGGGUGCCGCGUGUGCA